GUCCUCUAGGCUUCGACAAGGUCGAUCCCUCGCAGGUCAUAACUUGUAUCUCGAGGGGGCCAUCAGUUGGAAGUGGCUGUUCGUUGCACGUAGCAUCUGAAAGACAGGAACACCUCGAAGAGACAAGCAGAAAGACACCCUCUCUUGUCACAAUGGCGCUCAGAACAUCAGUCGUCCGCAUGGCCGCGUUCCGGUCCUCGCCCCGUGUCGGUGCGCCGCACAUCAAGCCUGCCUUCCAGCCGCACGUUGGCAGGUUCGCUCCGGAGAACGUCUUCAAGGCUUCUGGCGCACUCGCAUUCUGGGGCGUAGCAGGCGCAGGAGGCGUUGCCCUCUUUUUGAGCGGCGUUCCGAAGUUCAAGCACGACGUUCUGCUGAAGAUUCCAUUUGUCAACCAAUACUUCCAGGACAAUACCCCGGACUCAGACAAGCCCUUCUAAGCGCCUCGUUUCGAAAAUCGUACAGCAUUCGCAGUAUUACUCGGCUUGGCUUUAGAAUGUAGCAAGCAACGCCUCUACACUAGAUCAACAUCAGCCUUCCAGUUGCCAUUCUGAUUACGUAGUGAGAAAGCUAGCUAGGCUAGCCGACUGCAUGCCGUACAGCGUUUGAGAGGCGAUCGGUAAAGUGUGUAUGUUGCCCUUAAACCCAUGUACCUCCCCUUCAGACUGGUGCAAGACACUAGCGUUGGUAAUGCAAGUGUCGGUGAAGCUCCGAGAAC